AUGCAGCUCGCCGUGCUGGCGUACCUGAACUCCCCCGACGUUCUGUUGUCCAUAGUCUUCCUACUCUUGGCGAAUCGGCGCAUCAAAUUCACUCACGACACGCAGUGCGUCGAAUACUUCGCAGGGGUCGCUGCUGUGUGCAAGGCGUUCGCCAGUGCGGAUCAUGCGGUGUACGCCUACGAGAUUCUCAAGGCUCCUGUCAUGAACGACAUCCUGAGCGAUAUUGGGUUUGCCGAGGCCGUUCGGGUUGCCUUGAACACCGCGGUGGCUGGGUGCUGCGUCUUGGGGCCUGCGUGCAGCUCCUGGGUGCACUUGAGCAUGGGCAGCUCCGGGAGGCGCAAGUGGAGACCCCUUGGUGAUCAAAAGAAACUCUUUGUUAAGAAAGCCAACCUCAUGGUGAGCCGCGUGAUCUUAUUGGUACGGAUAUUGCACAGUCGCGGGGUAUUCUGGGUGUUGGAGCAACCGAUGAGCUCGUUGAUGGUGCAUCAUCCGCGUUUUCAGGAAGCCAUCAAGGACCUCGGCAUCCACAGCGUGCGCAUCUACAUGGGCAACUUCGGCGCGAAGACCGAGAAGGGCACCACCCUGUACUCCAAUUGCCCAGAGGUGAAGGGGAUCGGCGGGCAGAAAAGGCCCACGCACAUGCACAACAACACGAAAAAGCUGGUUGACGAGUUCGUCGACGCCAGUGGAUGCAUUAAGGUGACUGGGAACAGCGAGCUCAAGCAGAGCCAGGCUUCCCCUUGCGCCUGCGCGUGUGGGAUCUACAAGAUCUGGGCGGAGAACAGGGGCACCCUUGUGCAGCGCCACCGGGGGCCCCAGAAAGCAACGCUCGACGCAGGCAUGGAGGUGAAUAUCUUCGGCGCGCCGUCGACCCGCAAGGAGGCCUGGCACGAUGCGAAGCUCGACGGCGUGGUGGCCUACCUGCAAAAGUGA